AUGUGGAGCAAGCAAAAGGUUGUUCUGCAAGAAUUAGGAUCUUUAGCUGACCAACGAGAGGGUAACCGCGGCCGUGCUUUCGCGUCUCUCUUGAAGAAGCGCGGCUUGAUGUUGAAUGUACCGGUACAUCCUGUGAGUGCUAAGCUUCCCUUCAGAAAGAAGAGGAGGAAGAAAGUGGACCACCCCGUGAUUGACAUUUAUGACAUGGCCCAAUUUAUCCUCCAGUCAGAACAGUUUUCAGAAAAGCUUCUGAACCAUCCUAUUUCCAACGAAGAGGAUUGGACUGCUGCCCUGGAAACUUUCUGGGAGAAAUGGAGGUGUUUAGAACCAUGGAACAAAGUGUUUGAGGAGCAUGCCAAUGACUUGGCACAUUGCAUCCCUUGCAUGCUGCAUGGUGACGAAGGGGUUGGACACCGCAGGAAGCCCAUCAUGCAAAUUUCAUGGGGGAGCCUCCUACGCGUUGGCAAAAAUUCCUUGCAAAGGAUGUUCAUGUAUACUUCCUGCCCGCACAAGCUGUAUUCAAAGUACAACAAGGGCGCUGCGCAUGGAAAUUUUGUGUUGGACAGACUGUUCAAGGAAUUUGCAAAGUCUGCCUACAAAGCUUACAAUGGUGUGCCAGGCAAGGGAGAGCGCACGUUCUACCUGGUAUUCCUUGGUGUGGCCGGCGAUCAUCCCUUUCAAACGAAGGUGUAUCGAUCUGAGCGUGGGCAUUUACACCUUGAGAUUUGUCCUCACUGCCUUGCCAACACUUACAGUGUUCCAUUUGAAGAUCUGUCAAUUGAUGCACUUUGGCGUAAAACGCUUUUCCAGGCAGUACCGUGGAACCGCCAUCGAAUGCCACCGUUGGCUAUCAUGCCAGGAGCACUCGAUGCUAGAUUUAUCCGGUGGGAUUUGAUGCACAUGCUCCCGCAUGGGGCCGUUCGGACCUUUGUGGCUUCGGUAGUUUGCAUGAUGUGUGGACCUCUGGAUAUGUUUGAGUCUGCGUGGGACGCAUCAAGCAGCAAAGAGGCACGAUUGGAGGAAGCAUAUAGCCAUUUUCAAUCGUGGUUGACUGCAAAAGGAUCGCACGUCCGUGAUCUCAAAGAGUUUACGGUGGAGAAUCUUGGAUGGCAGCAGAACCGGUCAUUUCCAGAUAUGACCUGCAAAGCAGCUGAUACAACCUUGCUGGUACAAUGGCUCAUUGACUUCAUAUCAACGGUUCCGUUUGAGAGAACGUGGGUCUUGUGUACUGCGCUGGAGGGCUUGGAAGGGGUCGAUGAAUUUUGUCGUUUGGCAUACUCCUCAGAUGACAGACUUUUCUGGAAUCAAACCAAGCAAAGACUUGGAAAGUGCUAUCUUGGAGCCUUUCUACGUGCGUACGUUGAGCUCGCUGCUUACUGGCACAGGGCUGGGUGGACUUUGUUCAAGUUGGUUCCAAAGCUUCACUACAGUGCCCAUUGGCAUGAGGACUUGCGAUUGAGCCUGGAAGAAGGCAAUGCUUGGGCUUUGAGCCCAGGAGCCUUUUCAACCCCGAUCCUAGAGGAUUACAUUGGUAUUUCUUCUAGAAUUUCCAGAACGUCCCAUCCCAGCAGUGUUGCAAGGACAACCAUUUUCAAAUACCUGGUUGAAAUUCGAAAGGCGUGGUCAGCGGAUGUGAAGCGAUGA